AUGGCUUCCGAAACACCCUCGAUCGUGCUCGUCCAGGGCUCCUUUCAGACUCCACUCGUCUACGCCCAGUUGACGACUCGUCUUCGCGAGCUCGGAUACCCAGUCAUUCAUCCACCGCUCCCCAGCUGUUCUGAUGUGGAGGCGAAUGACUUUCCCACCCGCACGCUGGCGGACGACGCACGCGCCAUCACGGAAACCCUGGAGCAGCUGGUGGGAAAGGAAGAGAAGUUGGUCGUUGUUGUCAUGCAUUCCUACGGGGGCAUUGUGGGCGGUACAGCUAUUCCCAGGUCUCUCACCCAUGCUUCGCGUCAGGCCGAGGGGGAAAAGGGCGGUGUUUUGCAUUUAUUCUAUUAUGCUGCCUUUGUUCUACCUGAGGGCGCGUCGGUGAUGGGAACGCUUGGCGAGUCUCCGAAUAUUGAUGUUGGGCGACCUCCCAGAUGCCGAGGCAGCCUUAUGGGAGUCACGCUUGAUCCCCCAGUCUUGGUACAGACCACGCCCACGACUCACGCGGCUUAUGAGUACCUCCCGUCCACUUACCUGAUCUGCGAGGGGGACCGGGCAGCACCCGCACAGUUCCAAGAAGGAUUCGCCAAUUUGGCCAGGGCUGAGAUUGAUCGCUGUAGCGCCGGCCACUCUCCAAUGCUGAGCCAGCCAGACAUGUUGGUGGGGAAGAUUGCAGCUGUGGUGGACAAGGCGUCGGCAGGAACAGCCUGA